AUGGCGGAUCGGAAUGAAGAGCAUGCAGGCGUGCCUCCGGCCGCUGCUCCAGACAACUCCGCCGUCGUGACACCCAGCGCUGCAGCCGUCGCUUCCGCGGCCGGGACGGAGGGCCUCUUCCGCCCAAAGAAAGGCGGCGCCAACUUUCGCAAACGCGGCGCAGCCGGCACCAGCGCUGCCACUGGCACCGCUGGCCCCACCUUGGCUCCUGACGCCGACGACGGCGAGGGCGAUGAGGGUGGCGUAGUGCGCAAGGCCAAGCAGCUACGCACCGGAGCUGGCGGCGACACCAAACUACAAUUCACCACGGCCAAGGACGACAAACCGGAGCUGAUGGUGCAGUACGCUGGCAGUAAGGCCCUGCAGGACACAAAGGACGCGCUCGCAUCCCGUAUCCUCGAGACCGAAACCGAAUACGACCGAGACGCGCGCGCACAGCGCGAAAAGGUGCUCAAACAAGCCACCGAGGGCGUGGCUGAUGACGGCACGUACAAAGGCAUGAAUUCCUACAUCGACUACCGAAAAGGCUUCCGCAGGGAACAUACCGUGGCGGCCGAGAAAGGCACCGGCGCACACGGGCCGCUGCGCGGCAACGCAUAUGUACGCGUGUCGGCACGCUUCGACUACCAGCCCGACGUGUGCAAGGACUACAAGGAGACGGGUUAUUGCUCCUACGGCGACACCUGCAAGUUCAUGCACGACCGAGGCGAUUACAAGAGCGGCUGGGAGCUGGAUCGGAUGUGGGAGGAGGAGCAGAAGCGGAAGGCCGAGGCGCUGGCUAAGGGCUGGAAUCCCGACGCGGACGGCGAGGACGACGCCGAUGCAGACGCGGAGGCAGCAGCAGCGGCACGAGAUGAGGAGCUGCCGUUUGCGUGCUUUGUGUGUCGCGAGCCUUGGGAGUCGUGCAAAGGGCCACCGGUGGUGACGCGCUGUCGGCACUACUUUUGCGAGAAAUGCGCGCUCAAGCAGAGCGCCAAGUCCACCAAGUGCGCGGUGUGCGGGCAGUCCACGCAGGGCAUCUUCAACAUCGCACACGAUAUCCUAAAGCGCCAGAAACGCCAGGAGGAGGGUCGGAGGGCGCAGCGGUAAAAACGAUUCAAUGCAUGGACGUGUGGACGAUCAGGCGGGCCUGGUGUGAAGCCUGUUUGCCUGUCUGUCUGUCUGUCUAUCUGUCCGCCUCACCGAGGUGGAUGGCGAAACGGGGCACCCUCACCCACCAGGUCGAGGCAUUGCAUGGAGGGUUAGGGAGGAUUCCGGCCUCAAGGUUACGAUCCGGAUGGGGGACAGGCGAAGUCCAGCACGGCCUGGGGCCCCAGGCUGGAGGGGGGCCCACAAGCCGUGGAUGAUACACAGGCCACGUGCCGCGCGCUG